CUCUUUUUGCUAAAUAGACACGUUACAGCCGGUUCAGGCAUUUUCUUAUGUCCAUAGGAAUUAAAACAAAAAAUAUUUUUGUGCAAUAAUACUCUCAUGUUGAGAUGAAUCUGGCGUGUAAAAGCACGUGUUGAAUUACUUUAAAUUUGAAUCCGCCUUUAACCGUUGAAGAUGACUCGCAGCGGAUUGUUCGUAUCUUUGGUUUGUUGAUUUGAUACAUUACCAUAAAAAGUAACAUGGCGUCUAAGAUCCAUGUGGACAACACGGUGAAUGAACGCCGUUUGCGACCGAUUUAUGAUUGGCUAGACAAUGGAAACAAUAAAAAAGCGCUUCAGGAAGCAGACAGGGUGCUCAAAAAGCAUCCAUCUAAUCAAUGUGCCAGAGUGCUCAAGGCUUUGGCUCUGCUACGGUUGGGAAAGGAGAAUGAAUGUCAGAUCAUCAUGGACAAAGUGCGGUCUGAAAUACCCUGUGAAGAUUCUACUCUGCAGGCGAUGAGUAUCUGUUACAGAGAGAUACAUCAACCUGACAAAAUUAGUGAGGUUUAUGAAGCUGCUUCAAAAGCUGAUCCAAAUAACGAGGAGCUUCUAACACAUCUUUUCAUGUCAUAUGUUCGCCUUGGUGAUUAUAAGAAACAACAACAAACUGCUCUUACUUUAUAUAAAUUAAAACCUAAGAAUCCAUAUUAUUUCUGGGCUGUUAUGAGUACGGUGAUGCAAGCUAUUCAUGCAGAUCAAAAAUUAGCAAAAGGAGUUAUCUUGCCUUUGGCAGAGAGAAUGGUCCUAAAAUUAGUGAGAGAAGGAAGAAUGGAAGCGGAACAAGAAGUGCAACUUUAUUUGAUGAUUUUGGAACUGCAAGAUAAAAAUGAGGAAAUAUUAAGUGUAUUAUCUAGUCCCUUAGCUUCACAUCUUUCAUAUGUACCACAACGAAAGGCUACAAUCUUACUAAAACUGGAACGGUUUUCUGAAGCUGCUAAUGCAUAUCGUGAACUUAUUAAAGAAAAUAUUGACAAUUGGGCAUUUUAUCAAAAUUAUCUUUUGGCGGCCUUGGAAUUUCAACAACCAACAGAAUGCUUGGACUUUCUAAACAAUCUCAUUAAUACAUCUGAAAAGAAAAUUCGUGCACCAUACUUGGCCCGAUUAGAAUUAUUAGAACGUACUGAUGAUAAACAUCUACGAUAUAUUUUGCAACCUGUAGACUUUAUGCACCAGUAUUUCUCUCAAUUUGGAGAAAAAGGCUGUGUAGUUAGUGAUUUGCGAUUAUAUCUAAAUCUGCUCACACCCGAAGCCAGGUCUGAAUUACUUGAAAAGAUCGAGGAAGACAUUGGCGUUAAACUAGAUGAGUUUCCAACUAAUGUACGACAAAUGCAAAAGCACAUUCAUCUGCAGCAAUUGCGACGUAUUUGUGGCUUCCAUCAUCCUCCUUUAGCAGACAGAGAUAAACAAGAAGAAUUGAUAAAACGACUAUGUGAUUUGUAUAAAAAAGGCAGUGAAUUGUGUCCCGCAGAAGAUAGAUUGCCAACCGAUUUCUGUCCAGCGGAUCCAUAUAUUUUGUUAGCUACACAUUUGCUACAUCAAUUAUGGGUUGAUACCAACGAAGCAUCUUUUCUUUAUAGGGCGAUAUCAUUAUUGGAACACGGUCUUCUAACGAGCCCUGUAAAUUUUCACAUCAAAAUUUUGCUCGUGCGUACAUAUUUAGAGGCUGGUCUAGUGGUCGCGGCUGAUCAUGCGUUUGCAUUACUUGACGUAAAGCACCUUCAACUAGAUUCACUGGGUCAUCUCCACGCACCUCUUCUCGCGCCUCUCGGUAACUUGCCUCUGGCCUCAACAACUCUUGAUCAUACGGCGAAAUUUUUCUUAGCCAACUAUAAGGAUAGCGCGGAUCAUUUAACAUUUGCAUACAAGUACGGCAGUUUCAUAAAGAUUCAGGAAUUUGUUGAGUUAAGAGAACGAUUAGAGAAUUCGUUCUACUUCGCAAUGGCAACUAUAGAUAAGAUGUUGCUAGACUUAUGCUGCUGUGAUAGUGCUGCCUCAUUGUUUUCCACUUUGAAUAAUAUGCACAUACAACCCCAUGUCGAAUCGCCCAUUAGAUGGGCGUCCUUAAGAGAUAAUCGUGAUCUGGAGGUUGUUCGUGGAUGGGAGCCAUUUAAUGAGAACGAGAAGAAAGAUUUAUAUAUGCAAGAGGAGACACGUGUGUGUAUGUUAAGACUGCUUGCGGCGAGGAAUAGCGUAUUGCGCAUUGUAGCAGCGAGUGCAGAACCAUCUUCUAUUUUUCUCUCUAAAUUGUCUGACGAGCUUAGAGAGAUAGUUGAAAAAUUUAUUCCGAAAGCACUAGAACUUUUUGAUACGGAUGGGAAACGGAACAGACCAUGCAAUUUAUUAGUUCCGUUAGAUGCAGUGGAAAGAUUACGUGAAGCUUACUGUUCCGAGCAACUGAGGACUAUAGCGUGCCUUGCAAAAUCACUUUCUGAUUCUCAUUGUCCGGAUUUUGAUUGCAUACAGACGCUACGGACGUCCCCUUGUUUGCAAACAUUACCUAUCCCCGAACAGGAUACACCAGUGCCCUUGAAAAACUUUUUUCUCCGAGCCUCAACUUGCAGCGAAUCAUUAGCGAUCAUUAGUGCUAUAUGUAUUGUGUGUGCGGUACAAUCGAAACCAGGUACAUCGCAAAAGAAAAAUAAAAAGAAAUAUAAGAAAAUCGAAUCAGACGUGAUAAAUGAGACUAAUGAAACGAAGAUUUGGAGAGAAGUGGCUGUAUUAUUGUCGGAGAAAGUUGAAAAUUUAGAUGCGGUCCUAACAGAAUUUGAAAAAUAUGAGUUACACACAGGAUUAGAUGAGACGGACGAUGUAUGCGUCACCAUCAUCAAUCGUGGGCAAGCGAGUCUCAGGCAAAGUUGCAGAUCUCUCAAAUCUCGCACUCAGCCCUUAUUAAGGCUUUUAAGUAAUUUAAAGAGCUGAAACUAUUGGACAAUAUUUGUACAAAGAAUAUCUAUAUCCGUCUACUUGAUUUUCAAAAAUCUCUCAAGAAUUCUGUACAUAAUUCUUAGUCCCAAUCAAUUAUAAAUAAUGAAGGAAUGGUUUAACGCUAUUUGAAAUACCUGAGCCUACUUUUAUUUUUGUAAAAAUAUUAUCACGCAGUCGUUCUAAUAUACUGCCAUUCACGAUCAACUGAUGCGCUUGCAAUACCAUAUCUUUCAACUUAAAUAGUAAGUGUAAAAAUUUCGACAAUUACUAUGCUAUUUCUAAGCUCGUAAAAUUUUUACAGCUAAAGACAGCUCGUUAAUUUCAUCGAUUUAAAGUGUGGUUUAUAUAUUUUUUAAUUACGUGCCAUUUUUUUUCAUUAAAGUAAUUGUACAUAUACACUAUUACACAUAAAGCCUAUCAGUUCGGUGGGUCCAUCAAAACGACAAAGUCAUUUUAAAUAAUAAUGCGUAGGUAGUAUUUAAUUAUAUUUUUGUGACAAUUGUAUCUUGUUUUUCCACUAUGCAUAUUAAUAAAUUUAUAUGUUACUUAGCAACAUUA